AUGUGCUUAGAUGGACAACCUUUGAGCAUGAUAAAAACAUUACUGGAUGUUGCUGUUGGAGAUUUAGGGCUUUCACCCAAGGAUAUUGUUGAGACAGCUCUAAUCAGAGUGAUAGCUGCUUUGAGUGAAGGGGGUGAUCAGCAUUCUUUUCAGAAAGAUCAUUUUCAGAUAUUGGAAGACAUGGUCUCCGCUGUCCACACAAGUGCUGAAAAUGGUGAGAAUCUGGUGUCUUCAGAUGAUUUGUUGGCUUGGCUUAGGCCCUUCUGUGGGGAUGAUUCUUUACCAGUGAGGCCUCGCAUAAGAGUGCUACAGAUUUUGGAGCAAGCUUUUCACCUAAGUGACGAGGAUAGCAAGCUACUUAUACUAUUUAGAACACAAGCUGUUCUCAAAGCCUAUUGGCCCCAGACUCAGGUAGAAAUAACAGAGAUUGAAAAUGAAGAAAAAAGGUAUCUUCUCUUCAUGAAACUUCUGGAAAAUAGUGGGGAACAAGAAGAAUUCCAGCAUUUAGUUAUGCUUCUUCAAGCUUGGCCUCCUAUGAAAAGCCCAGAUAUAACAUGUUCAAGUAAUAAUCUUUGGGUUAAACUGGGAACAGUGAUGCUUAUGAAGUGCCUACAGGAGCAAAAGAAGAGUGUGGGAGAUGAGAUUCUGAAGAUCUGCCGCUCUUUAUACGAGACAAAGCACAGGCUCUCUGCAGAGUGCAUAAAAAGCCUGUGUUUGCUGCUCCUGAAGGAGUCUCUCCUGCUGCCUUCCCUGAAGCUACUUCUGGAAAGUAGAGAUCAGGAUCUACACUCCAUGGCAUUGGAGCAGAUAACAGCAAUUGCUAAGGUUGAUGACACCAACUGUGACUCUGAAUUUCUUUCUUUGCUCCUCGAUGAGAAAUUUGUAGUGAAAUGCAUUCCCACAGUUUAUUAUUCUCACCUUGUUCACUAUAUGAUCACCAAUCAAGAGGAAGGAUGCUGGAAUGUGAUAGAAAUAGCAAAACAGUUGCAGGAAAAAGGCUUUGUUGCUGAGGCAGGUUCACUUCUGAUGGCCUUUAAAGGAACACAUCCUGCACUCCAGACCUAUGGUGCAUCUCUGACUUCUCUUAGGCACUGGAUUUAAAUGGGACGAUGCUUCAAGUUACAAUUGAUGCCUCAGAUAUGACUGCUCAAUUGGAAAUCUUGCUGAAGAAAAAUAAUAUGGGAAAAUAUGCUUCAGGUUCAUCUUUGCUCAGUGCUACAUGAAAUUGUAAUGUGCAUUUUUAACCUUUUCUUGAAUUGGUUUCCAUUUUAUCAGUACCUUUUGUUCAUAUGUCAGUGCACUUCCGAAGGCUGUUGUGCAUUCAGUGUGACUCCAGUAUUCUAUAAAUAUAUAAUUUUCCAGUUUUUGCAUAAUAAUAAUCAUAUAACACAUGGUCAUAUAACUAAAAUAUAAGUAAAAAUUAAGUUGCGUAGAACUAAUAAUUUUCUGUAACAUGGAAAUUCCAGAAGAAGAUACUUAAUAUGUGAUACUGUUUGGAAAUUUAUUAAUUU